GGGUUGAACCGGACUGUGUGUUUUAUUGUGAAGUCCUGACUCUGCGUCCGGUUCCGUCCUCUUCCACGGUUCCACUGACUUUACGCAUCGCGCGUCGUGGGAUUGGAAAGGCUGUUCGUGGAUUCAGGAAGUCCAGUCAAACCAUCUGGUACCAGUCUGUUCCGGGUCCGGACCUGAACCAUGGACUGGACUCUCCGAUGCUGGUGAAAAUAUCGUUGUCUCCUCUUCUGUAAGCAUCCAUCUGUCUUCGUCCAAUCCCAGUAUCUCUGGUGGGAAUGUCCUACUGGUCUGUUGGACAACCCCAGGACUCAGACUGUCCCAGGAACAUGGAGCAGCAAAGCAGUCCUGGGGAUGAAAUGGGAGCCAAGUUAUCACUGGUGGAGGUUCCGGGACCAGUGCUGGGACCCUCCCCCACACUGCAGAACAUCCAGACGGCAUAUGAGAACGGAGAAGAGGACGCCGCCAGAGAGCUGAUCCAACAGGCCUGCUGCGUGGAAUGCAGCGCAGGGACGCCACGCAUCAAUGGCGUCCGUCUCCUGUAUAUGGCCUCUCAACAUGGAGAUCUGCAGAGCGUCACGUACCUUCUGAAAGAGGCUCAUGUAGCGGUCCCUCACGAACCGUCCAAUGGAAACCCGGCCAUCGUAGCGGCGUACUACGGCCACACCAGCCUGGUCAAAGAGCUUCUGGACUCCAUCCCUGGUCCAUGUCUGAGCAGAGACCUGCUGAACUGGAUGUUGGCCACGUCAUGCCAGCAGGGCCACAUGGACGUGGUCCGUCUGCUGGUCCACAACUACGAUGCAGACGCCAAAGACUGUGGGAGCCACAGCGAGGAGUUUGCAGUGAUAACUGGUCUGCCGCUGUACGCCGCCGCACAGGCAGGGAACCAGGAGAUCGCCUGUUUCCUGCUACAGAACGGAGCUGGCUUUUCUUCGUACACUCUCAUGGACCAUCCAGCUUUCAGCAAACGUCUCCUCAGACUCCAACUACGAGAAAAUACCAACGCAGGUGGAGACCAGGAGGUGGUGGUCUGUUGGAGUGGUCUUCAGCUGCCCUGGUUGGAGCUGGACUGGUUCAUGGACUUCUCCUCUCGUAUUGUCCACUUGGACCUGUCGUCCAACAGCCUGGCGGCGCUGCCGUCCGUGGUUCCCUGGGGUCUCGUGGGCCUCCAGGUCCUGGAUCUGUCCAAUAACCUUCUCAAAGAGCUGCCGGUGGUGCUGAACUCCCAAGAGGUCAUCUGCUCCAGUUUACGACAGGUCAGUUUAUCACAGAACCAGCUGACCAGUUUACCGCCUGGACUUCUCCAUCUGAUUCACAUCCAGAGACUUUCUGCUGCCAAGAACCAACUCGUGAAGCUGUUCGACGUCCCUGCCACAACGAACUGGAUUGGUCUCCGGAAGCUGGAGGAGUUGGACGUGUCUGAUAACAGUCUGAUGGAUCUACCCACAAACAUCAUGCACUGUCUGAAGUCCCUGAUGGUCCUCAACGUCUGCAGAAACAAACUGGCAUCAUUCCCCGACCCCUGGGCCUGUCCUCUGAAACAAUGCAGAGCCUCGUCCAAUGAGAUGGAGAGUCUUCCAAACACCAUCUCCAUCUUCUGGAGGACUCAGCUACAAGAGGUGGACUUCUCCGACAACCACCUAAAGGAGCUGCCGUCGUAUAUAUUUGAACUGGAGGCUGUGGUAUGGUUGAAACUGUCCGGUAACCUCCUGGUGACCCUUCCUCCUCCCUCCAGGUGGAGGUGUUCUCAGCUCCGAACCCUCGAUGUCUCCAAGAACCAUUUGGGAAAGACAGAGGAGGUUCCCAAAACCCGGAGACUGGGCUUCCUGACGACGUGGAAUCGGAGGGACCCGGAUCCAGUGUGUCCCAUCGAGUUUCCCAUGAUUCUACGGGAUUCCCUGGAAGUGUUGUUUCUGAAUGAUAACCAUCUGGAGUGUGUUCCUCAGUCGGUGUGUGGUCUGCACAGCCUCACUGAGCUCUACCUGUCCAGUAACCCUGGCAUCCGGGAGCUUCCAGCAGAACUUGGUCAACUGUCCAAUCUGUGGCAGCUGGACAUCGAAGACCUCAACAUCAGUAACGUCCCCCAGGAAGUAAGAAAAGAAGGUCCGUCCUCUGUCCUGAAGUUUUUACGCGCUCACCUUCGAAAGGCGGAGCCCUGUCGCCUGCUAAAGAUGAUUGUGAUUGGUCCACCACGGCAAGGGAAGAGUGCUGUCCUGGAGGCUCUGCAGACAGGGAGGGCGUCACCCUUUAGCCCCACCCACAGCAGCAUCUCCACCUCCACUUGGGAGCUAGACAAGCCCAACCCCGGCAAAAACAAUAAGGACUCUGUGGUGUUCAACGUGUGGGACAUUGGAGGACAGGCCAGUAUGUCCACAGUCAACCAGUGUUUCUUCACCGAUAAGGCCUUGUACAUGGUGGUGUGGAACCUGGCUCUGGGAGAGGAGGCAGUGGCCAACCUGCAGACGUGGCUGCUCAACAUAGAGGCUCGAGCUCCUAACUCUGCAGUGGUGGUGGUGGGGACUCAUCUGGACCUCAUCGACUCCAAGUUUCGGACUGAGCGACUGGCCACUCUGAGGGCCUAUGUCCUGGCUUUGUGUCGGACCCCGUCCGGGGGUCGAGCCUCCGGAUUCCCCGACAUCACCUGGAAACACCUCCAUGAAGUGUCCUGUAAGAGUCUGGAAGGUCUGGACGGUCUGAAGACACUCAUCUACCAGGUGGUCCAGUCCAUGAAGGACAACAGCAGCAGCAGCAGCAGCUCAGCCAGUGGUGGAGGUGGUAAACUACUGGGCAGACUGAUCCCUCGGAGCUACUUGAACCUCCAGGAGGCAGUGAUAGCAGAGAAGCAGACAAGGCAGGCGGAGGGGGAGGUCCAGUACCUGACCGACGCCCAGCUGGACCGGAUCAUCCAGCAGAACCCGGACAGUGACAUCAGAGACUACGACGACCUACAGACCGCCAUGGGUUUCUUGAUAGAAACUGGGACACUGCUGCACUUCGCCGACACCAGCCACGGUCUAUGUAUGCUCUACUUCCUGUGUCCGGUGUGGUUGUCCGAAUGUCUGGAGAGGAUCAUCCACCUCAAAUCCUCUCGUUCUGUGGCCAGGAAUGGAGUGAUCCGGGCUGAAGAUCUCAGAAUGCUGAUGGUGGGAACAGGCUUCACCCAACACACUGAGGAACAGUACUUCCAGUUCCUCGCCAAGUUCGAGAUUGCUUUGCCUGUGGCCAACAACAGCUACCUGCUGCCCCACCUCCUUCCCUGUAAACCAGCCAUGGACCUCCACUGCCUCCGCCAACAGACCAACAACACUCUGCAGCGUCUGUUUAAGAUGAGCUUCGUUCCUGCCGGGUUCUGGGAGCGUUUCAUAGCCAGGAUGUUGAUCAGCCUCAACGAGAUGGACUUACAGCUGUUUGAGCCUAAAAGAAAUGCACGGAGAACAUGCAACAGGAACUCUGUGAUCUACAAUUUUACUGGAGCUCAGCAGAGGAACCGCUGCAGCACCUUCAGAGUCCGACGCAGCCAAACCAUCUACUGGAAGGAGGGGCUACUGGUGACCUUCGACGGCGGAUACCUGAGUGUGGAGUCGUCAGAUGUUAACUGGAAAAGGAAGAAGAGUGGAGGCAUAAAGAUUAUCUGCCAAUCAGAGAUGAGGGAUUUCUCUGCCAUGGCCUUCAUCACUGACCACGUUCAUUCUCUGAUCGAGCAGUGGUUCCCUGCUUUAACGGCCAGUGAGAGUGAUGGCAGUCUUCUGAUGGAACAGUACGCCCCCUGCCCACUCUGCUCAUCACCCAACCAGCAGAACCACACUGAGCCUCCUGGACGCCACCUUCACCAAACUGCAGGACAAGGCGGAGAAGGUCGAUCAGAUGAGGUUCAUUACUUUAACAUGGAGGACUGUGUUCUGGCUGCCAUGGAGAAGGAGUUCAUCAUCUGUCCUCUGCAUCCGGACAAGGAGGUACCGCUCCAGGAACUGGUCCCUGAACUGUUCAUGACAGACUUCCCUGCACGGCUCUUCUUGGACAAGUCCCUUCUGGAGUACUCUGAGGAGGAGGAGAACAUCCUGGGCCAGGGGGGCAGUGGAACCAUCAUCUAUCGGGCGCAAUACUGCAGUCAGCCAGUUGCCGUCAAACGCUUCCACUUCAAGAAGUGUCGACAGCAGACCAUCAGCAGUGACACAGAUACCAUGGUCAAACACCUGCAGUCUGCAGACGCUUGUCGUAGCUUCUCUGAGUUUCGCCAAGAGGCCGGUAUGUUGCGCUCGCUGCACCAUCCGUGCAUCGUGUCUUUGGUGGGCAUCAGCAUCCACCCCCUGUGCUUCGCCCUCCAGUUGGCGCCGCUGAGCAGCCUCAACACCGUCCUGGAGGAGAAACAAAAAGGUUCCAGGUACAUGCCCCUCGGACACAUGAUGACCUUCAAAGUCAGUUAUCAGAUCGCUGCAGGACUGGCAUACCUUCACAGGAAAAGCAUCAUUUUUUGUGACCUGAAAUCUGACAACAUCCUGGUGUGGUCUCUGGAGGAACAGGAUCCGGUCAACAUCAAACUGUCCGACUAUGGUAUUUCUCGACAGUCCUUCCAUGAGGGGGCACUGGGGGUGGAGGGUACACCAGGGUACCAGGCUCCAGAGGUCCGACCAGGGAUCGUCUAUGACGAGAAGGUGGACAUGUUCUCCUAUGGAAUGGUGUUGUAUGAGCUGUUGACCGGACAGAGGCCCGUCCUGGGGAACCACCAGCUCCAGAUUUCCAAGAAGCUCUCCAAAGGCAUCCGGCCCAUUUUGGGCAGCCCAGAGGAGGUCCAGUUCUACUGCCUCCAGAACCUACUGACUGAAUGUUGGGACACCAAACCAGAGAAGAGGCCAGUGGCCAUGCAGUGCAUGAGGCAGAUGCAGGAGCCCAGUUUCCCCUGUCUCCGUUACCUGUUGUCCUGUGGACAACACUCACAGCUCUUCCUGUCUCAGCUGCAGGGACACAGUGCUGUCCUCUGGGACGGAGACAAGGACACCAGGAACUACAGUGUGGUUAAUGUGGAUUCAGGCCUGAUGGAGGUGAAGAGGAUGUCAUGUCCAGGCGCUAAAAUCAGCUGUCAGAUCAAACUGGGAAACAGUGUGUGGAUUGCCACUGAGGAGCAGGAGGUGUUCAUCUACAGCCUGAAGGACAUGUGUCCACUCAGUCAGCCCCAGAGACACUUCUCCUGUCCCAGCGUCAUCACCUGCCUGUUUUCUGUUCCAGCCAAAGAACAGAGUAUGGACAGGGUGUUUGCAGGAAUGUCUGACGGUCUGGUGGCGGUCUACAGUCUGGUGGACGAUCUUCCUCUGGAGGGGGAGGCAUAUCUGUGUUCCCACACCCUCAAUAAGACGCUGUUUGGUGUGGAAGACUCUGAUUCCAGACAGAGGCCUUACCCGGUCCAGACCAUGGCUCUGGUCAGCAGUGGGGAGCAGUUAUGGUUCUCCAACGGUCCGGGUGUGUUGGUGGUCGACUGCGUAGGCCUUCAGGCCGUUGGACGCCUGGACCCCUACAGUCCACCGUCCUCCAUCGUAUCCAUGGCCACCAGCUUCAGUCUGUGGGGGGAGGAGGUGGUGUGGACCCUGGAUGACCACACCAACACACUGCUGCUCUAUCAUGCCUCCUCCUAUCAGCUCUGUGCCAAGUACUGUUGUGGAGACAGCCAUCCGUUGCGGGAUGUCUUCACCAUACGGCGUCCUACAACUGUUUCCCUGGACACCACCUCUGAGCUGACUUCAGACCAGCAAGAGAACCCAGAAUGGAUGAAUGGAGAAGUGACGUUGAUCCACAGUGAAGAGGCCGGGACCCAGAUCAUCCAACACCAGGACUCUGUGACAGAUUACUGCUCCAUGUCCAGCAGCUGUCCACAGCAGACGGACUCAGACGGUUCCAGCGCCACCAGCUUUGCCUCGUUUCCCAGCAGCACCAACCUGUCUACAGACAGGACGGAGACAGGGAUGGGAACGGGGACGGGGACUGACCGACAGGAGUCCAACAACCCAGAGGGUGUUGAGGCCUCAGCCACCACCACCACCCCCCCCCAGCUGCAGGCCUUCACUGUGCUGCCAGUGAAUGGAACUCUGUGGAUCCCCAGGCGUGGUGGUGACGUGAUGGUCAUUGAAAUGCAAUCCCACUCCAAUCACCUGAGGGGGCGUGUCAUUGCUGUGCUCCGCCCACCUGGAUGUCCUUCUUUGGGGAUCCUCAAGGAGGCAGCACUGGUGGCGAAGGACACCAUAGUGUGUGGUUUCCAUGAUGAAACCAGUGGGUGGAGCCUGUGUGUGUGGAGGGCAUGGGGCUGUGACCAUCUGGAUGUGUUCUACCGGUCCUACGAGGAGCUGAGCCGCAUGGAGGCAGACGUGAGGAAGAGGAGGUAGUUCUGAGCUGAGGUUCUGAGGCACAGAACCACAGUAUUGUAGUGGGGGGGGUACCCUCUGACAGAACGCCAGUGUGAAGACCACGGCUGCCAAACACCCCCACCUGGAUGUACGGAUGGACCAGUGGGUCUGGAAGGGCUGAACCCGAACCUGGUCCCAUAACCAGAAGUCUGGACGACGGUCCAGGACCUGAACCAUCAACAGGACCAGGACAGAGACACUUAGGGUUAGGGGUGGGGUUGGGGGUUGGGGGGG